CAUAAGUACAUUACUCAACUUCCCAGUCUUUGCUCAGAGUCUCAAACACCCAGUUCACACUUUGCACUUGCAUUUCCAUUGUUGAUCCCCUUCUCUUCUUUAUUCUAUUGAAUCUCAAACCCUAACAACACUUUGUUGAAUUGAAUAUGAUUCAGUGAAUCGUCAUUGUUCUCAAUCGUUCUGCGUUUCACUUCGCUUUCAGUUGGAUAAUUUGAUAGUUUUUUCUUCUCCCUGAUUUCACUCUAAAUAGUUGAAUCUAGCUUCUCUCGAUCUAAGGGAGAAAAUGACGCAGGGGAUGAUAAUCGCAAUACAAGGAUCAAGAAACAUGGCAAGGAACAGAUUUGAGAACAACAGGGACAUCAUAAGCACUAUGCCUGACGAUAUCUUAGGGGAUAUUCUUUCUCGGUUGACAUUGAAAGAAGCUGCUAGGACUAGCGUGCUUGCAACUAAAUGGAGAUAUCACUGGACCUUUUUCUCUGGGCUCUUGGACUUUGAUCAUUCACUUCGGAACUUUCACUUGCGUCGAGAACAUGUUGGAAUCUUGACUAAGUGCAAUGUUUUUGUUUAUGAGUGGGAGAGGUUCAUGACCCGUAUGGCAAAUGUGAUGAAAUCAUUGAAAAGCUCCUCCCUCCAAGGACUCAGAAUUUGCAUGGAUUUGGGUGACCCUUGGAGGGUAGCAGAAUGGGUUAAGUAUGCUGCUGAGAAGCAUGUUCAAACGUUGGACCUGGAUUUUUCAUACCACUUCUCAGUACCAUUUUAUGAAAUAAGUUUGACCAUUGUUCAUAAUGUCUUUCCAUCAAGGGGUUAUGAAAUGAAGUCAUUGUGUAACCUGCGUUUGUCUUCUGUGGACGUGAGUGGUGAAGUCAUUGAGGGUUUACUAGCAUCUUGUCCAUUGCUUGAAUCAAUAUGUGUCAUUGAAUCAAAACGCCUUGUGCGCUUGAAAGUUAGGGGUGAAGCACUGAGGCUGAAGCAUUUGGAGUUGGUUGAAUGCCGCAUUAUGGAUCUUGACAUCUAUGCUGUAAAUCUAGUAACAUUUAGGUACCAAGGAAAGUACGGGAAGUUUAAGUUUCAGAACGUUCCAAGUCUUGUGGAAGCUUCCUUUGGAGGAAUCUUUUGUAGUUACCUGGAAUCUGACAUGGACCGUGUUGAUUUUUAUGGAGUGUUGUUGCAGAUUAAUGUUCUGAAAUUGGAACUGUCCAAACCGUAUCCGGGUUUUCUUGAAGGCCUGCCUGUGUUUGAUAAUGUGGGGCAGCUGGAAAUUCGAAUUCCUCACAGGAGUGGAGCGGCGCUUGAUCAUCAUGUUUCUUUACUAAGUUCAUUCCCUUCAGUACGCGUGCUUAAGAUUAAGUUCCAAAGGAACGAUCUAAGUGUAGUGGAGGAGAAUUGGAAGGCCAAUCUGGAACAUGAGUAUCCAAACCUGAGGGAGCUGGAAGUGUCAGGAUUCAGAAGAGACCCCAGUCAAAUGGAGUUGCUUAUCAGCAUAUUUGAGAAGGCUCCUAAUCUCAACAGUGUUGUUGUGGAUCCCUUGUCUUCAAUACAUGUGGAUAGGUCACCUGAUGUCAAGGCCCGGUAUAGAGAAAUGAGGCGUGAGACCACCAAAUGGCUUGCUGAUGCUCUCAAACCACAUCUGCCUCCUUUAACUCAGUUGAUUGUCCUCUGAUGGCAGAAACUGUGACCAAUAUAUUGGAGGCUUCUUUUGAGAUUUUAUGAUGCUAUAGCUAGUUUUCUGAAAACUUCCUUCUGACUUUUUUAGUUGCUUGCUCUGGUCACAACAUUUUGUGAUCAAGAGCGGUACUUUUUAUGCUUUUGUUUGUCCUUUUUGCUGGGAAUCUUAGAGAGACCCUUUGAGACUCUUCAAGUUUAGUUUGAUUGAAUAAUCUGCCUCCAUUUUAUUACUUUCUUCUAUAUUUGAAAAUAUCUGCAGGUACUGGUAUUUCCUGCUUUGUGGGCAUGGUUGGAACUAAACUUAGUUUUGGCAACAUGCAUCAUAUAUAUAUAUGUUAUAUGGCUGACAAUUAUUUAUUGACA